AUGGCAUCCCCAGUAGACGACAGCUUGAUAAAGACCAUUGCGAUCGAGAAGGUCAUCGCUCCCAUCGCCACUCACAUCUGUUACCUCACACUGCUGUCAGAGACCAACCACGAGACACGACAACUCCUACAGCUGGAGACUUCAGCUCGUGCUGUGGCCAAGGCCUCCAAGAACAUGGCUGAUGUAGCAUCAAGAGUGAUGGCCGAGUCAGAUGAUGAUAUCAUGAGGUUGGAAAUGGGUCCACUUUUGAAACCUCUGAUGAUGUCAGGUCAGCAUGUUCUUCUCGCCACGCAAAAGCUCAGCAUACAUCCAGAAGUUAAAGAGCACAUGGAGGAACUCAUUGAAGCCACACAGAAUGUUCUCCUGGGAGUCGUAAAGGUUCUUUUAGUGGAAGACGAUGCAGCAGUGAGGAAAAUGACUUCUGCUGCUCACCGGCUCCUGAGCUGCCUGAGAGAUGUUGAAGGUGCAACAGAUAUUCCCUCGUUACUAAAAGCAUUCCAGGUAUUUUCCGAGGCAAUGCUGUCACUUCACAGCUCGGUACUGGAGAGAGCAAACGAGCUCCGUGAUCAAGAGCAGCAGGAUUGUGUGAAGACCUCUGUGGAGAUUCUGAGAAGAUGCAUCUCAAUGCUUCACACUGCCAUGUACACAGCAAUCAAACACCCAACCAGUGAUGUGGCACAAGACUCAAAGAAAUACAUACUGCAGCUAGUGGACGCCACCGUCAAUGACAUCAUCCUGGUGCUCAGGAGCAAGUCUCAGCGCAGGUCCACGGGCUCAUGUGGAUAUUAUACAGACAGACGGAUCAGAUUAAUGAACAUUUUGUCCAAUCCAGAAAUCAUGUUGGGUAAAGACAGUGACAUUGACGUUGUGCUGCGAGAUCUGGUGUUCCACAGCAUGGCUGUUGCAAACACCUCGCAGAGAGAGAUGAGGUUUUGUGUGACCGCAAAUUGCAAACUUGUCCUGCAGCUGUGGUCAGAGAUAUCACAGCAGAUGAGACCGAUAGGAAUCAAAUGUACAGAUAUGCAGAAGCUAAAAGACCAACAAGAGAAAUUGUGUGCACCAUUAAUGAUCAAAAUCCAUCAGCUGGAUGAAGCAGUGGUAAAAUCAACGCUGUACCAGAUCAUUGACACUUUCGUCUUAACAGCGAAUCCUCUAGAGCAGCUGGUAAACACCAUCCAUAACCUCUUAGAAGCCGACCUGGAGGACGGUUUGGACUUGGAUCGUGUCCAAGCUUUAUUUAAGACGUUCGUAUCGUUUGCAGACAGGAUGGCUGAAGUAGCCAGCUUCAUUUCUGCUCUAGCGAUUGAGGAAAAGAGUCUGGAAAGGGUGGAAAACUCUAUUUCUUGCCUUUUACGACUCAAGGACGGAGUUGGGCCACUUCUUCUGGAGCUUGAAGGAGAUUCAGUGCAGUGUCAUGGAGCUUUACAUCAACUGAUCAAUUUCCACCAGAAAUGGGGAGAAGAAACCGAACAUCUGCUGAAUGCGUUCUGUGACGUCAUCGACGUAAAGGAUUUCAUUCACCUUUCAGUUCAGGAGAUGAAGUGUGAUUUGGAUGAGUGUGUAGAAGCACAUCGAUCUAAGGACCUUCACCUUUUAAACAAACAUACAAGACUUCUGAUUGGUCGAAUGAGCCAGGCACUUCAGAUUGUGAGAAGAUGUGUGGAUAAGAGUGAUGAUCCCAUCUACCGUAACGGAUUACUGGUACUUGUUAAACAAGCUGAAAAUUCCUUAGCUGAAUUGAGAAAUGACACAACAGACAUGUUUAACACCAACUUUCAAGAGGAAACGUUUUGUUUGUUAACCAACAGCAUCACAGUGGCGAUCCAAAAAUUCUACGUUCUUCAUGAGGGUUUAGAUGGUCAUCAGCAUCCACAUCUGCUCAGUCCGCUGAGAGAAGAAGCUCGGCAGGUGGCUACGACUCCACCUAUCCCUUACGUUACUGAGGUAAAGACGGUAAUGAACCAUAAGGCCAAAACUGAGGAUUUAGAUCUUGAAGAUAAAAAGAAGGAUGCAGCAGAGAAGCUUCAAGAUACACUUUCAGAAAAAGAAAAUCCAGAACUUUCCAAAGUGCAUCAGUCUGAAAGCAGAAAGUUAAAGAAGUCAUUUCUUAUCGACUCAAACUUUCUCCAAAUGUCCCAGAGGGAUGAAAUGUUGCCUCUCUUACAUGAAGUUGUUCUCAUGGUCAAAGCUAAAAACAUUGAAGCUCUGAAUCAAGCUUGCACACGGAUUGUGGAUCUUUCCAGUUGUUACAUUCAGGCUACAAAAGAAGCUGCCAGUAUUGUGGAGGAAACCACUAAUGAAGAACUGGAAACUCUUCGGUCUGAGCUGGUGACUCUGACACCACUGCUGGUCCAGGCUGCACAGGAAACAGCCAUGAGCUCCAUCAGGAUCAUAGAUACGGUCUACAAACAUAGUGCUCGUUUUUCUGACCUCAUCAAAAACACACUCACUAUUCUGCUGCCAGUGUCUGGCGUGUGGUAUCACGCCGUCAAGGCAAUGACUCCUACGCCAAACACCUGCAUUCAAGAGCUCACAGAUCUCACCUGCUUGUGUGGAGAUACAGUAGAACUUGUGACAUCAGCUGAUAUUAAAGUGAGGAGUGGUGAAAGUAACGACGGCGUAACAUCUUUAUUUAACAAACUCCAAAAAACUCAAACUAAUACAAAGAAUCUCACAGACCUUCUCAUCUCCAAAUCAAGUCAGUCUGAAGAACUCGAUGGACCGUGUAUCCUCUGGGCAUUGUCCAUCCAAGUUCUACUCACCUCACUAGAUAGGAUUUUGGGAACGAGUACAAAUCAUGGAAGAGGACAUCUAACACCAAAAAAGAGAUUAGCAGCCUUAUCUGAGAACUCUCUCCGAAUCCAGGAGGCAGCAAGACUGUGUUCUAUAAACUGUCGAGAUAGCUGUAGAGCAAAACUCCUGAAAGGUCGAGAUGAUGUGAAAGCUCUCAGUGAAGUCUAUUUACAGGCCAUGGAGGAUCUCAGUAUUGUAUCCAGGUCAGGUGUCCUGAGGCUGGCGAGAACAGAGCUCCUACAGAGGCAGCUUCAGAUACAAAUGAAAUCACUUUGCUGUCUCCUGAGUAAAGUUAAUGAGGAGUACGUAACAGCAAUUCAGAACGCCGUGUCACUGACUUCUUCUGCAAUCAUUAAAGAUCGUUCCAGGGAAGAUGAAGAAUUCCACACACGGUUCGAGGCAACUUCAGAGUUUCUCCUGAGGAAUGUUAAAACUGCUACAGAAUCUGUUCAAGACUGUUUAAACUUCAUGAGAGAUGUGAGACAGAGGUCCUGUCUGAGGUUCAUUAGUGAUCAUUUGUCAUUUCAGAUGUCUGAAAUUCUGAGCAGGUUGAAGUUCAUCAUGGAGACGCAGACCGUCUCCGAGUUCUUUAGUAUCGAUAUACAGACGCAGUGCUGGGCAGCAAAAGCACAUUAUCUCGUAGAAGAACUUUACAAAGUGGAUGGAAUUUUUCCCAUCACAAAAGAGCAGAUAAAGUUUGGCUUGCAGGGCAAAGAGUACAGCGGAGCUUCACAGGUGGACUUAAAACCAAGUUCUACCACGAAGGACACCAGACCUCCUAGAAAAGUCAUCACUCAAACAACAAACCUCGUGAACGUUCCUCCUCCGAGCAACCAGGAAUCAGAAAUGGAUCUCUCACAGAGAAGAGCACGAACGCCCGGGUUCAGAUCUCUGGAUCCAACUCUGACUUUCACAUCCCUCUUCCUGAAGCAAGAAGCAGAACGAUGGGAUGUUCAUGGAAACCAGAUUGUCGAAGUGACCAAAGAAAUGGCUGAUAAGAUCUAUGACAUGACCCAGUAUCUGAGAAGAAAAGGGCCGAUUCAGAGUAAAGAUGCCUUUGUAUCGUCAGCUAAAGAUUUAGUCUCGAGCUGCCAGACUGUUACAUGCUUCGUGAAGGUCAUAGCAGAACACUGCCUCGAUCAACAUUCGACUCAAGAACUGUGCAGCGUAGCAGAGCAGAUCAUCACCAUCACUAACCAGCUCACCAUCAUAUCCAGUGUUAAUGCACUGACUCCUGCAUGCAAGACGUCUGAUGAAAUCCUGGUGAAGAACGCCCAGAACCUGCUUCAGACCGUGAUCCGAGGGGUACGAGCUGCAGAAACGGCGUGCAUUAAGGGUCUGAGACAACCUGAGCCCCACUCUGAGGCAGCGAGAGCAGCUUCCCUGUGCUUCCAGUGGAAAAAGAAGCUCCUCAUCCACCGGACCCAAGAACAGCUGAACCCUGAGACAGAUGACCUGGGCCUCCGCAAGACUUCACCCCACCACACGACUCCCAGCCUGGUGCCGGCCGUCUGCGCACUCCAACACUGCACAACACCUCUGUGAUGAAGAGUGUAAGAACACACACACAGAC